GGCCCGCCCGCCCGUCGCUCCCGCCCGGCCCGGGCCGCCCGCGCCGACACCGCAGCAGUGUACGUACGCGCGGCGCGCGCUCAGCACAAGCUCGCGCUCGACUUCCACCACAAGAUGCGCCUGCUCGCCGUGCUCGCCCUGGUGGCGCUGGCCUGCGUCGCCGUCGGCCCGAGCCUGAGUGUUGCGGACCCGUCGCCCGGAUCCUCGACCUACGGCCUCCAUCAGUCGGCGCAGCAGAGCAGCAGGCCCAACAGGCCCCAAGUGCGCACGGACCUGCGGCUGUCGUCGGGCCGCCCGCUGGCGCCCCAGUCCGCCACCCGGCUGACGCCGUCCUCGGCCGCCGCGUCCAGGACGCCGACCAGCUCGUGGGGCUUCAACAGGCAGCAGCCGCAGCUGCAGCAGCCAGGCGGCGGGUACCGGCGACUUGACAGCGGCUACGGCAGCAGCCACGGCUCCAGGUCACCGUCGCUGUCCCCGCAGAAGUCGCCCGCGGCGCCGGGGCUGUUCGGCCGCCGGCCGCCGACGACCACCGCGGCGCCAGCCAAAGCAGCCGGCAAGGCACCGCCGUGCGACUGCAACUGCUACAGCAGACCGCUGAGCGCCCUGUGCGCCAUGGACCCGGUCUCCAGGGACAAGGAGACCUUCAUCAACCAGUGCCAGCUCGACUGCUACAACUGCACCUCCAAGAAGCGCUACAAGGUCAUCGCUCUCGUCGCAUGCGAGGACCACAAAGAAGACUGAGACGCAUGUGAAGAGACGGACCCGUCCACCCCCCCCUCUCCUCCCACUCCAUCUUCCAACGGAAAAUUCCUGAGGUCUGGGAAAUUUUUUCAUUUUCCGGAAAUUUUCCGCACACUUUCCAGGACUUCUGGCGCCCUCUCCCCCGGGGCACAGGAACACUCGCCCGACCCGGUGCAACCCCAUAUGCAGCCCUUACACAGUCGAUGUCGGCGACGGCGGCAGCCGCUGCAUCCAUUCGAGUCGAAGGCAAUAUCGCGGGCUCGAUCAGGAGAUGAAGUAUGGGGCCCGGCUGAUAUGGGGUGUGUAAAGUUAAGCUCACGUGAAUUCAAGCGUGAGCGAGUUCGCGAGUGAAUAACCCGCGAGAUCGCUCGUAAACACGAUGACAUACACAUUUUAAGACAGAUAGCGGAGAUGCAGGGAUCGUUCUUAUUAUUUUUUUCGGUAUUCUAUUUGAUUCCGGAGAUUCCGGGGCGAGGGGCUACGACAACCCCCACUGCUGCGCGCGAUUUUCCGGCGGUUUUCCAAGCCCUUGAGCCCCGUAAUCUUUGGAAUUACAUAGAAUACUGAAAAAAUAAUGAUCACUGAGCUCCCAAUUGGGGGGAGAGGGGGGGCAGACUGAGAUGAAGAAAAAGACAUGGAGUUGGCGACAAAGUGUCUCAAGAAUUACUGUUAUCAUCACUAUGGCUGUAUUUUUUGUUAUUCUUUACCUUUACUUCGUUUUAUGUUAAAUAAACAGAAGCUCGAAAAGACACACAA